UCAUUUAACGUAGAGAGAAUGAUUAUUUUGAUUAGAUUGUGAACGGACGUACGGACACAGACAAAGUAUCUAGGAAGUAUCAGCAUAAAGUAGGGGUAUAAAAAGAAUGAUUGUAUUUUGUUAUCAUGAUUAUAAUUAUGUGUAUUUGCUUGGUUUAGGCAAUGUCCAAGGGGGCAAGAAAUGCUCUGGUAAUCCCCUUAUGUACAACGGUAAGUUGUGUGGCUCCACCACCCGGUAUCAUGACUCACACAAAGGAGCGUGUGGGUGUGGUCACGGGGACACGCCCUUCGGCUGGAACCAGAACAACUACGUAGCCGCAGCCAAUCAGAUGUUCUUUGACUCUGGACGUCGAACGUGGUGUGGAUCUAAAUGUGGUCACUGUGUGAGACUAACCACCACAGGCGGGUAUGUGGACGGACAAGGUGGCCCUACAAGGGGUGGUGAGUCUAAGAUCUUCAUGGUCACGAACCUUUGUCCGGCUGUGGAUCCAAAUAUGGCGUGGUGUGCCCAGAGUGCGGCGCCGUGGGACGGUGGUGCCAACACGUUUGGCUACGCCUACCAUUUUGACUUGGAAAAUGGUGGUCAUCAGAUCGAUCGUCUUAAUUGGAACAACCCGGAAGUGACAGUGGAUGAAGUCUCGUGUGACGGUCACGAGAGUAUGACGCCCACAAGUGGCUACUACAGCCAAUGUGAAUGCCAUUAGUUGUAGGCAAAAGUCUAAACGUUAUUAACAUUUCCGGGUUAACCGUUUUAUGAUAAAGAACCUAUUAAGAGCUAAGAUAUGUUAAUGGUGUUAUAAUAAUAAAUACAUGCAAUUGAGCGAUGUCACGGUGUUAAUCAAAAGGCCCAAUGGGACAGCAUCGCUCCCCUGUU